AUGGCCUUCGAUCAGAACACUUUGCGAUCGCACUUCUGCCAUGCGCUUUCGGAAAUGUAUAAGAGCGAAGUCCCUCUGUAUGGCAACCUAAUAGAUGUAGUCUGGGAGGCAGACGCAAAAACUGUUCAAAACAGCCAGAAUAUCGAGGGUGAUCGCGUUAUAAACCCAGAUGAUAUCUUGCCCGCUCGGCAUCGCGUCGAGAGACAUGGAGCCAUUCGACUGGGGACAGCAUAUGAGCUGGCCACAAUUCGUCGCAUGUUUGCUGUGAUGGGCAUGCACCCUGUGGGCUACUACGACCUCAGCCUCGCUGGAUUCCCCAUGCACGCUACUGCCUUCCGACCAAAUACCCGAGAGGCGCUUGAUAAGAACCCAUUUCGCGUAUUCACAACAGUCUUGCGGAUGGAACUGUUGACAGAAAGCACUCGGAAACUAGCGCAGAAAGCGCUGGAGCAAAGAAAUAUCUUCACGCCCAGACUUCUUGCCCUGUUGGAUAUCUCAGAGAGCCAGGGCUUUUUGACACCAGAUCAAUGCACAGAGCUCAUUAGUAAUGGUCUGGAGACAUUCCGAUGGCACUCGAAAGCUACAGUUACCCUUGAAGAAUACGAGCAGCUCAAAGCUGAGCAUCCUCUGAUUGCGGACGUCGUCUCCUUUCCCAACGCCCAUAUCAACCACUUAACGCCCCGAACGAUUGACAUCGACCUUGUACAACAAUUGAUGUUAGAUCACGGAAUGCCUGCCAAGGAUCGUAUCGAGGGACCGCCAAAACGAUCGUGUCCAAUUCUUCUACGGCAGACAAGCUUCAAGGCACUGGAGGAAACUGUCUAUUUCAAGGACUCGUCCGGUUCCUAUGUGAAGGGCUCCCACACAGCACGCUUUGGGGAAGUGGAGCAACGAGGCUAUGCUUUGACCCGAGAAGGACGCCAGCUUUAUGAUCGAAUCUUGAACAGAGUCAAUAAAGAAGCCGCGGAGAGUGGCUUGAAAGGGAAGACCUAUGACACGCUAUUAGAAGAGCGCUUCAAAGAAUUCCCUGAUAGUCUCUCAGAGCUUCACGAUCUGAGACUGGGUUAUUUCACCUAUCGGUUGACACCACUGGGCGAACAGUCAGUUAACGAAAGCUUUGUAUUAUCGGAGGAACCCGUCUCACUCCAGGAUCUUUUGGAUAAGCAGAUCCUGAGUUAUGAGGCUAUCACAUACGAAGACUUCCUUCCUUUGUCUGCGGGAGGAAUUUUCAAUUCCAACUUGGGUGGUGUCUCCCAGUCCAAGCAAAUGAUAAUGAGCGCGGACCCGGACCUCGAUGGUUUCCAGCACCUCCUUGGGAAAUGUGUGGCGGAUGAGUUCCAUCUAUAUGCCGAGAUGCAACAAAAAUCAUUGGAAACUUGCCAGCAGAAACUGCGGUUUAAGGAGAUUAUAGUAUAG